UCUUGGCAACGGGACUUCGACGUCCUAAUCUCGAAACACGCGCCCAUACGUAACUUUACUACUUAAUUACAUAUACAUUUUAUAACUUAAACCCUUAAUCGUAUAUUUAAACAUAAUAUUUUAGAAUAUUUCUUGUUUAAAUUGUAUAUGUAGUGAUUCGAUUUUGAAAAACUAACCUAUAUGUAAACAACAUUGGCAUAAAUAAAAAAACGGAAAAAGUGAUUGAUGAAUUUGAAAUUCGAAUGCAUUGCUUAAACAGUGCUAUUGAAAUUUGAAUUGUACUCGAUUGGCUGUGAGUCUAUAUUUGAGUGGCAAGAUGUGGUGGAUCCUGCGCCGGGCCCGUCUCACUGGAGCGUCACUUUUCAGUCAAGCUUCAGGAACCAAUAACAAUAACAAUAGUAAACCAGGUACUAAAACCUCCCUCAUCGCCAAAGAAUCUCGGCCACCGCGAAAAAACUACAAUCAGCUCUCGUCAAAUGAGAAACUCGACAACAGACAACCUGAAGACAUUCACAUCGAAGAAGCUGUAGAUUCAGACGCAAGCAGUACCGACUUGGACGAGCGCGACACUCGUGGUGUCUGCCCGCCUUGUGCGCAUGACCGCUACAACAACAACAUUCGUCGUCACGUGCACGAUGAUUUUAGUGAUGAUACAGAUUAUGAUGAGGCGCUAACAUGCAACGUAUGCGACCGUUCGUUCCCCACACGACGGCAGCUUGCCGACCAUCAGCAGAAGAAACGACAUUUUGGAUGCAGCGCUUGCGACAGCCUAUUCCCCUCCCUGAUGGCGCUGGAACACCACAAAGAGGAGUUCCAGCACUGGAGCGACUCCUCGUACUGCUCGCACUCGGACUCCGACGACAGCGACUUGGAGACCUGUCACGAAGACCGUCAUCGAUUGCUCUAAUGCCACCAUCUCAUUAUUGCCGGGGAUAGACCUGCUAAGCUGGGGACUUUUGUUUGAACGCCUUUGUUGUGCGAAAAUGUAGACAAGAUAUAAGAGUUAGUUCCUGGUUUAAAACAAGUUAACGAACACUUUUUUCACGUUCUUUGAAUAAGAAUUGGUAACUAAUAGGUAAUCCUUAUUAUUAUUAGUUCACACGUAAUAAAAUUGCAUCUUAUACAGACACAAAACCAAAACAAGGCCUAGAGAAAAUUUAGAUAUCAGAUACUUUAAAGUUAAAUUAAUUUAUUAAUUUAAUUAAACUAAAGAGAAAAUGUUAGGUCAUCCAAUAAAGUUAAAAUAAACAUUAGGAACGUAUAAAUUUCAUUAAAAAUCUCAACUUUCGUACUCUGACCGAAACUAGAAGUUAUGGCAAUAAAAAAAUAAAAAUUGCUGCUAUAAUUACCAUUCAACUUAUCAAUUUCUUUGCCCAAUAUUAUUUGGUAUCUCUUUCAUUAUAUGUAACAUUACGAAAGAGAUUAAUAAUAUUUAACAUCUAAUUUGAAAAGUACGAUAGGGUCCUAAAAAUGGAGGCAAAUUCUACAAGCAACCUCCAAACGCCUGCAUUGGAUUUAGAAGAUCGGCAUAACAAAUUCAAUCACCAUCAUAAAAAAAGAUUCAUGACAGCUGAACUGGCCAAAUUAUCUUGUCUACAUUCGCUCUGCAUUUGUUAUACUUUUAGCAUCAGUGACUCAAAUAAGAUUAUUCGUAUAUACUAUAUAAUGGCUCACUCAUGCUAAAAGUAACAAGCUUGGGUCUAACUUUUCUUGGUGCAGUGAUGUGAUGUUGCCUACAGGUAACUAUAGAGAAAUUAAAUCAUAUUAUUAAGGGUCCUAAUCUUAAUAUACUUACUGCAGCAAUGGCGACGCUAUUCUAUUAACUGUAGUCUGUACAUACAAUAUUACCCAACAUUGUAAUUUUCGAUUAUUAUACUGUCACUUCACGCUAUGUACGAGGUCUGUGUACUGAGCUCGCCAUUGCCAGAACUAAUUUAUGUACUUAUAAUGGACAAUUGCGUAUGACCUCGGUUUGGUUAAUUUGAAUGUGAUUAGUAAUGGAACUGUGCAGAGUUAUUGUCAUAUAAAUACACUAAUAGCAAAAAAAUAUGAAUGAAAUAUUAUAUAGACAUUGAUUUAUGCGUUAAUAAUGGUAUUUUAUAAGUAUGUUUCUAACGCGGAAUGAAUCUCAGAAUGAUACUCAAAUGUUUAUUUUGCGAAUCACAAACUUGAACAAAACAUCACAUCACUGGAAAACUGAGAAAUCAAACGUUAUAAAAAACAAGAAACGCAACUUUUGCGUCUGAAAAUACAACAGUCAAGUCGCGAUUUGUGAAAUGUACUGUACAAAAAAUACAGGGAACAAUGUAUCAAAAAACUAUGUAUUUAAUUCAUAUCAGGCAGCACAAUGAUAAAGAAGGUCUACUUCUAAAUCUCAAACAUCUGUUAGAGUAUAGAAACACCCGUCGGUGUUACGUGGCCGGGAUAUAGCGUCAUAACGCUCACUUAUUGUUGACAGCCGAAUACGCUACAACGUAAAUUCGGAGGCCAGUCCCGACGACGUAAUACCGGCGGAUGUGUCGUUACACUUACUCUAAGACUGGCUGAAUUACUGAUGGCCGAUGUGACUAGCCUUGAAGCUGCUCUCAAUAAAAACACGAACCCUGGUCCGACCUCUUCAGUAAUUCAGCCAGGAGUUGUUCAGUAAACCGUGUACAAUGUCGUAAUUUAUACCUAUAGUCUAAGCAAUGACGCUUAUGUUUGACAAAAGUUAUCCCAGACUGAUGACAUAGCAAUCUUACAAAAUAGAAAGGUGGAAUCGGACGGCUUAUAAUACAAAGUGCUUUACUCGAAGUGACACGUCAAAAAUAAAAUAAAAAGUGUCGAAAACAUUCAACUAAAAAUACUUCACUAUAGUGAAAAUCUCCGAGCGAACCGCCGGAUUCCGCCUUAACGACUUAACGAGGUUUCCACACCUCUUACAAAUGCAAUGUUUAAAACAACUGGCAAUUUCAAAAACAUGAGAUCAGGCGUGAAGAACUCUUGUCAAAAAUUUGCGUAGACUAUUAGGCACUAACAUACGAGACAUAAUUAUUUUCCAAACAAGGUAUUUAUCAAUAUAGAACAUGAAUACUCCAAAGGUUUUACACAAUGCGCCCUGAUCUCGAUUAUAAUAAUGUGUUCACUAAAUACUUGAAGCAGGCCUAAAGUAUAUUUCUUUAAAAUAUCAUAAAAAGGUCGGUCUAAUUGGAAUCAAACUGAACACGAGUCGUGUAAAUAUCGUUUGAUAAAUUUAAUAAUUUAAUUUUAAGACUAGCGUUACCAUUGCGCGUUCCGCUUGAUUUCACUUAGACCUUUCACACUACUUGAAAGAAAAAAAACAA